UGACAAUGUCUUCCGGUGUUGGUUUGUAUGAAAACUCAAUAGCGAAGCGAUAAUCGUUCAUUAGAAGUUCUUCGCCGAGAAUUCAGUCAGAGCACACUCAAGAUAAACCGUCAACAUGAGAUAUCUGGUCGUUCUGGGCCUAAUCUUGAUCAGCACCGUGCUUUUCACAUCGGCUGGCAAGAAAUGUGGUCCCAUUGUUAAGAAACACAACUGCGAGUGCCAAGCCAAAUCAGCGGGUCGAUUGAAACUUGAAGAUGGGAAAUUGCUGAUGUGUGAUGGCAGUGAUUACAAAUCUCUGCAGUUUGAAAUGCCUACUCCCAAAAAUUCAAGGGCGAAUCCAGCUUAUUCGUGUAAGGAAAUCAAAGAGGAAGAUUCCGCAGCCGACGAUGGAAUUUACUGGCUUACGUUCAAGAGUGAUCCCAGUGUUUUUCCAGUUUACUGUGACAUGUCUAAUGGAGGAUGGACCAUGAUAUUCAAGGCGGUGUCUGGGGCGAAGGAGAGUGCUUUUUACACUUUCAAUUCGGGUGAAACUCUCGCUGAGAAUGACAUGAGCGCUCUCGACGUCACUAACCAGCACCUUGGCGACUACAAAAGCAGGAUAAUCCUGAAGUGGGCUGAGUUUGCUGCAUCUGAGGCCAAAGUUGUCCUUUACGAAGACGGGAGCGCUGUCAAGAAGCUUUUCUUCGACGCCACGGGAACGAACAAAUUGAACUGGUUUACAAAGUACCAAUUGAAGGAGCCCUUGCCAUGGCGAAAUGUGAAAACAGAGGUACAGAACUCCUUUUCCAUCCAAGGAUUGACCAAUCGGAACUUCUUCAUUAACAGGAAUUAUGGUGGCUGCCAUGUUGAUACCGGCUGGCUGUGUAUUACCUCAUAUCCUUGUAAAUGGGAAAAGCGUUAUGGAGUAAACGCUGUGUUGUACAGCAAGUUGGCUAUACACACCAACUGGAACAUUGAAGCUAAUGUUGCUAAGGCAGAUGUUCUGGCGGUUUUCUUGCGUUAAGAGUUGACUGCCACUGAAUAUGUACAACAUCAGAUGGCAGAAAAUCGAGGCAGUAGAUUACUUGCUUUUUCCGCAGGGUUGCUUGUGAAGGGAUUCGCUGAUGAACCAAGCUAAUAGGCGGAGAUUUGAAGUCUCUUGCCCUUACUAAAGCUUAGAAAAAAUAUGGCCUCGAAUUUAAAUCCAAUAAAACAGUAUGUUAAUUUGA